AUGGCUAGCUCAACGAUCACUUGCUUGGUUGUGCUAUGCUUGGUUUUGCUUGCUCCCUUAGCAAAUGCUGCCCAAUCAUGUGGCCAAGUGCAACUAACUGUAGCACCAUGCAUUGGCUACCUUAGAAGACCAGGCGCAUCUGUUCCAGUACCAUGUUGCAAUGGGGUUAGAAGUGUGUUCAACCAAGCCAAAACUGUUUCUGAUCGUCAAGCUGAUUGUAGGUGCCUCAAAUCCACUUCACUUAGCUUACCUGGACUCAAUCUUCCUGCCCUUGCUGCUCUCCCUAGCAAGUGUGGUGUCAACAUUCCCUACAAAGUUAGUCCCACCAUUGACUGCAACAAGGUUCCUUACUGA